AUGGAGUCUCUAUACGGGAGCUUUCGAGCUCUGCCGCUCUCCAUUUCGAUCCCUUUUACCGUCGGCCUCGUCGUUGUCAUCGCCAUUGCGCGCAAUGUGAUUGGGCAGCUGUAUUUCCCCGACCGGAACCGACCGCCUGUCGUCUUUCACGUAUUUCCAUUCAUUGGCAGCUCUGUUCAGUAUGGUAUCGAUCCGUACAAGUUCUUUUUCGAUUGCAAGGCCAAAUAUGGGGAUUGCUUUACCUUCAUUCUGCUUGGGAAGCCGACUACCGUCUUUCUCGGCCAGAAAGGGAAUGAGUUUAUCCUCAAUGGCAAGCAUGCAGAUUUGAACGCCGAGGAGGUGUAUGGAAAGCUCACGACGCCUGUUUUUGGAAAGGAAGUGGUAUAUGAUUGUUCCAAUGCGAGAUUCAUGGAUCAAAAAAGACUUCUGAAACUUGGCUUGACCACGGAAGCGUUACGUGCUUAUAUCCCCAAGUUCGUCAAGGAAGUUGAAGACUAUGUCAACACCUCGCCCUACUUCAAAGGAGAAACUGGACAAGUCAACAUCACCGAGGUCAUGGCUGAAAUCACCAUCUACACCGCUUCCGGCUCGCUGCUAGGAAACGAGGUCCGCUCCAUGUUUGACAGCACAUUUGCUCUUCUCUACCGCCACCUUGACGAUGGAUUCCAGCCCAUCAAUUUCGUCAUGCCAUGGCUUCCUCUGCCGCAAAACCGACGUCGCGACCACGCCCGCAACGUUAUGGAGGGAUUGUUUGCCAACAUUAUUCGACAGCGUCGCGAACAAGGAAACCAGGGUGAUGAGACCGACAUGAUCUGGACUCUUAUGGAUGCGCAGUAUAAGGAUGGCACGGUUCUCCCCGACAUACAUGUUGCGCGACUGUUGAUCGCCAUUCUCAUGGGUGGUCAGCACAACACAGCAGCAAGCGGCGCAUGGCUCUUCCUCAACCUCGCCCAUAAGCCGCAUCUGGUCGAGGAAAUGUACCAGGAACAGCUCGAAGUUCUUGGCUCGCCACCAGCUCCGCUGACUUGGGAAAAUGUGCAGAAGCUAACGCUCAACGGCCAAGUCAUCAAGGAGACUCUACGUCUACACAGCCCCAUCCACUCAAUCAUGCGCGAAGUCAAAUCCCCCAUGCCUGUACCGGGUACUGAGUGGGUUGUUCCUCCAUCCCAUACCUUGCUCGCAUCUCCCGGCACCCUGGCACGAUCUGAAGACUUCUUCCCUCGACCCCUGGAGUGGGAUCCGCAUCGUUGGGACAAGGCCGACCCCGUCGAGGGGCCGGUGGAUGAUUCGCAAAAGGUUGAUUAUGGAUUUGGCAUGAUGAGCAAGGCAGUGAGCAGCCCGUAUCUACCUUUUGGUGCUGGAAGACAUCGAUGCGUUGGCGAGCACUAUGCGUAUGCGCAACUUGGUGCCAUCGUGGCCACCUUUGUGAGGUUGUGCCACAUGGAGCAAGUUGAUCCGAAGGCGCCGAUUCCGGCAACAGAUUAUUCGUCAAUGUUCUCCCGACCGAUGAACCCAGCAGUUAUUAAAUGGCGUCGUCGCAAGCCCGAGUAG